ACUCACUCUACACAGAGAGAUCUACAGCACUGAGAUCUACAGCCAUGACUCCUGCAAUCACUUCAGCACCUUCCAUCUCAAAGGAGCUCCUCCCUCUCAACAACAAGCUGAGAAAGCCAGUGGUGGAGAAGAUGCGCAGAGAUCGCAUCAACAGCAGCAUUGAGCAGCUCAAGACUCUCCUGACUCCAGAGUUCCUCAACCAGCAGCCCGACUCCAAGCUGGAGAAAGCAGAUAUCCUGGAGAUGACAGUCAGCUUCCUCAGACGACAGCAGCAGAAGCAGAAGCAGCAGCAGCAGCCUGCAUUCUCCUCCAGCUCAGCAGCUGUCAAUCAAGGCUUCUCCAGAUGUGUCCAUGAGCUUCUGCACUUCCUGUCCAAAGAUGAGGUGAAGACACAGUCUCAGAGAAAACUGAUGAACCACGUCCUGCAGAACCUGCAGCCGUCAGCAGAUCAGAAAUGGAGGGAAAGUGUUCUCCCUCAAGAGCAGCAGAACAUCAUCAGCAAAGAGAAGAGCGCCCUCUGGAGGCCCUGGUAGAUUCCUUCAGAAUCAGAUGAACUACAAA